UAUUCACAGCCUUACUCAAGGAACAGUCAUGUGAGGACCCAAGGCAAACAUCAGCUUACAGUGCUUAUAACAAUGCUUUUGAAUUUGUGUGUGCUUUUAAAGUAGGCCUAUUUGCGUAAAGGGAUCACCGUACUCUAGUAUUAUGUUUCGUCCAAAAUGUCACCACACCCUCAGAUGAGGAGUACAUUGCUUUUCUGUGCGUGGGUGGUGUUUUACAUCUCGUUCCUGGUUGCUACGAGAAGAAUGUGGACAGGGAAAUACGUCCGCAAUCCUUUCGCUCGAUCACUUUUCGCCAAAAUGGUGUCGGAGAGCGAAUAUAGUGCUGAAAAUCAAGAGUGGUACCGUUGCUGUCCGGAUCUACUGGGGGAAUCGGUAAGACCAUUGUUCGUGCAGAGUGACUUGGACGCAGACACUCGGACCUUUCUAAAAAUGAGCGAGGAGAAGUCUGGCUGGCUGUUCACUCAGCUCUAUCACUCCUUCUUUUCAACCGUUUUCAGUCCCAUCAUGUCUCGGACCUCCAUCAACGGGUUUCUUGGCCGAGGCUCCAUGUUUGUCUUCUCAAGGGAUCAGUUUCGCCGCUUGCUCGGCAUCCGCCCAGACUGGAAGGCAGACAGGCUGCUGGAUCUGGGGGCAGGAGACGGGGGAGUCACCGAUGUCAUGGGCUCACAUUUCAGAGAGAUCUAUGCCACAGAGGUUUCCAUCCCGAUGAGAUGGCAGCUCCAGAAAAAAAAUUACAAAUUGUUAGAAAUUGAAGAGUGGCAGAACACAGGCUUCCAGUAUGAUGUCAUCAGUUGUCUUAACCUGCUGGACCGUUGUGAACAACCUCUGGACCUGCUGAGAGACAUCAAGAAAGCUCUUGUGCCGGGGUCAGGCAGGGUCAUCGUGGCUGCUGUAGUCCCCUUCCAGCCCUAUAUAGAAAUAGGGGGGAGAUGGGAACGCCCAAAACAGCAUUUGAAAAUCAAAGGAAAGAGCUGGGAGGAACAAGUGACCAACCUAUCCAUUGAAGUCUUCUCCAAGGUUGGGUUGGAAGUCGAAGCUGUGACUCGGUUGCCAUAUCUUUGCGAAGGAGAUAUGUAUAAGGACUACUACGUGUUGGAUGAUGCGGUAUUUGUGUUGAAGGCUCAGGAAUGAAGUUGAACUUGCCCUUAAUUCAGUCAGUCACACGCUGGAAGGUUAGUUCAUGUGGUGCUCCUGAAGUCUAAACAACGCUGGUUUCAUUUUUGUGUGGGUUGCUUUUAGCAACAGACUUAUGCUGUGAACAAAUCUCUCUGAAGUGAUUUGGUUAAACAGAUCAAAACAUUGUCCUGUGAUUUUAAUGUUUGUAUUCAUAAAGUAGUCUCUAUGAUAUACAGAGGCUUUUUCUAUGUUCCAUGAAUAAGUUCUGUAUUCAAUAACACUGGUUUUCUUGUAUUGAAAAUGGAUCACCUGUCCUUAGGUCAAUCAAAAAGCAUUGUUUCCUGUUCAAAUCAUCGUCUGUAAGUAGUGCCUUUGAAUUGAUUUGUUCUUUUGGAUAGCAAAUAUAACACUUUUUACUUUGAUACUGUUAUCUUGUUGAAGAACAUCAACCCUUAAGCUGGUACCGUCACACCGGUGUGACAGGAAUGUUGGAAAGAAUUCAACAUGGAAUUUUAGAACCUUACAUUGUUGCGGAACAGAAUCUUCUGUUAGAAUAUUCAAAACUCCCCUGCUGAAGGCUGAACAAAAGAAAAUCAAUACAAAUAUGCAAGGACCAAUGGGAAGACUCUUCCAGUUUUGCUGUUGCCUACUGAAUAGGAUUUUAUUUUCAUUCCCAAUUCCAAAAGUUUUGUUCUGUACAUGUAUGGGCAAGUUGAGUCCACUAAGCUGGGUUAACGCGCCAUUCAAUAAAAAAAAUAAUAAUAAUAAUAAAAAAAAUAAU